AUGGCACCACGUUCAUUAUGGUUGAACAACAUAAAGCAACUGUCCACAACUGCCUUGGCCUUGGGGGUAGAGCGUACCCGGAAUGAGCUGCUCCCACUUCUGACUGACACCAUUUUCGUUGAAGACGAGGCACUGCUGGCAUUAGCGGAGCAACUAGGGAGCUUCACGGUGCUCGUUGGCGGACCGGAGUAUGUUCACUGUUUGCUGCCUCCCUUGGAGAACCUGGCAAUGGCGGAAAAAUCGGUAAUACGAGAUAAAGCCAUCGAUUCACUGCGAGCCAUCUCCCACGAGCACUCUCCUGCAGACCUAGAAGUCCACUUUGUGCCACUGGUGAAGCGCCUGACUUGUGGUGACUGGUUCACGUACAGGACUUCGGCAUGCAGCCUUUUCAGUGUCUGCUACCCUCGGGUAUCCAGCUCUGUAAAGGCCGAGCUGCGUCAACUUUUCCACAGCUUGUGCUCAGAUGACACACCAGUGGUCCGCCAGGUAGCAGCAUCAAAGUUGGGUGAAUUUGCAAAGGUUCUGGAGCUGGAGUUUUUGAAAAGUGACAUUAUACCCCUCUUCACUUCCCUGGCUUCUGAUGAGCAGGAUUCGGUGAGGCUGUUGGCAGUUGAGGCUUGUGUGAGCAUAGCCCAGCUGCUGCCCCAGGAAGACCUGGAAGCGUUGGUGAUGCCGACCCUCCGGCAGGCAGUGGACGAUAAAUCCUGGCGUGUUCGCUAUGUGGUGGCAGACAAAUUUUCUGAACUUCAGAAAACCGUGGGUCCUGAAAUUGCGGAAAAUGAUCUGGUUCCUGCUUUCCAAAACCUGUUGAAAGAUUGUGAGGCUGAAGUGCGAGCAGCUGGGGCCAACAAAGUUAAAGAUUUCUGUGAAAACUUGCCAGUAGAUUGCAGGGAGACUGUCAUAAUAAGUCACAUCUUGCCGUAUGUUAAGGAACUUGUGUCUGACACCAAUCAACACGUGAAGUCAGCUCUGGCCUCUGUUAUUAUGGGCUUGUCCACCAUCCUGGGCAAGGACAGCACUGUUGAGCACCUGCUUCCCCUGUUCUUGGCUCAGCUCAAAGAUAAGGGAGUGGAGUUUUUUGAUGAGAAGUUGAACUCCUUGUGCAUGACGUGGCUGGUGGAUCACGUGUACGCCAUUCGCGAGGCCGCGACCAACAACUUGACCAAGUUGGUGGAGAAGUCUGGCAAAGACUGGGCAGAAUCCACCAUUGUGCCGAAAGUACUUGCCAUGGCCAGUGACCCCAACUACCUUCAUAAAAUGAGCACCCUAUUCUGCAUUAACUGCCAGGUCAGCGUGUUGAGGCCGGAGCAAGGGCUGGGCCGGUUCGCUGGCUGCUCAGCGAGGUUCACUCGUUUCUCCACUGAACUGAGGCUCCGGCUGCAACUAACGGGCUGCUGCAUGUCCUGGCGCCCCGUCAUUGAGAGCCCGUUGGGGGCUCCCUCAGCACACGUAGAUCAGUGUGACAGGAAUAAGGCCCGGCUCCGCCUUCUCCAGGACAGCUGGGAAACGACAAACUCCUUUGUCCCAGCUGCUGAGGCCCACAUGGGGAACUUUGGGUUUGUCAUCGCGAUGUGA